CCGAAUUUUACCGAUUAGGAUGUUCCAAUAUGGCGGAUGUAAAUGCAGAAAGUUGAUGCAAAAUUUAUACGAUAAAAGUAUGAAUAUCUUUGUAAGCGGACCAAUAUAUGCUACACUAUAACUCUCACAAAUAUGGAGCGUAUCAGAAUCAUUAUAUUCGCCUUGCAAUUGCACUGAGUUGGAUACUAAACAUCAGAUAAGUGGAAUCAAAAUCUAUUUUCGCAACGUGACCUCCGAAUAUUUUUCAAAACAUUGUCACCAAAGCUGGAUUCUCGUGCAAAAUGACGACCAUCAAUGAAGAACAUGCUAUCAAGAAAUUUUACACUGCUAACUCUACACAGGAUAGCAUCUUGGCAUUGUCAUUAUGGAUGUUUUCCAAGAAAGUGCAGCAUCAGAAAGUGGUGGAAGUUUGGUACAAAGCAAUGAAAAAGUCCAAAAUAGCUCACCGAUUGGUUCUGUUCUAUGUGUGCAAUGAAGUGGUUCAAACGUGCAAGAGGAAGCAUGCUAUUAUCUAUAAAGAUGCUUUUAAAGAGGUGCUAAAGGACGCUGUUCUCUUAGUCAGAGAGGCAAGUAUACGUCCCAAGAUUGAGAGAAUCUUCAAAGUGUGGGCUGAGAGAAGUGUAUAUGACUCCGAGUAUGUUGAUGAACUACAGGCGCUGCUUUGUAACCAGACUCCAAGACCUCCUACAGAUUCUAAACUCAUAUCAGAUUUUCAGGCUGAGAAGUUAAUGGAGUCUAUAGUUGAAUACACUGAUCAAGAAGGAGAGCUGGAACUGAAAUACAACCAAGUAAAGAACCUCAGAUUUGAUGCCUCGAAUAUCGAAGCUGUGAAACAGCUUAAGGACAGAGCACACGGCAAGGGGUUUUCUCAACAAUUUGAAGAUGCUUGCAACAAGUAUGAAGACUACGUGAAGAACUUGGACAAAGUGUUCAAAGACCACACUGCACUUGUUGAGAACUUGGAACAGGCAGAGAUCUACUAUGAUGCUCAAUAUGCUGAAGCUAGAAUUGUAUCCAAUGCUUACAAGAAUUUCGGUACAAGAGUGAACAAUUUAAAACGGAAACUGAAUGAUAAAGUCAAGAAAAUGCCAGACUAUGUUGUGGAUACUAUAGCGCCAUCUAUGAGUGGGGGAGAGGGUGACAAUACAGACACAGUGGAUAUGGAAAUGUCUGAUGAGGAGGACAGUAAUGUAAAACAACCAAUCAGUGCGUUGACAGGCCUUGAGGAAUACAUGCUUUAUGCUAAUGCAUUAGCUGAAUGGGGUAACAGUAGGAAGAAUAUGACAUCUAUAACCAACUCACUCAGUAUGCCUGUACCCAGUAUAACUGAGAUCAGGAUGAAAGUUCAGCGUCGUAAACAGGAGAGAUUAAAGCAAGCCCAGUUGGAGGAAGAGAAUAAAAAACAUGGAAAGGUUAAAGAGGAAGAGCAAUAUUCACCCAUCGACCUUGACAUUGACUCCCCUGUAAGCUCUCCUGACCCAGAACCUGUCAAACAUAAACCCAGUAAGCCUCAGCAGAGUUCUCUAGAGUCACGUAUAGGCUCUAUGUUGAAUCGUGCCAUGUAUGGAGGAACAGAUGAUAAAGAGCCAGAAGAUAAGACCACCAAAGAUGAAGGAGGCAGUAGUACACCAGUGCUAGAUGAAGACACUGAAGGGGCACCAUCGAACCCUAUAGACUUUCUAACUAACAUUAUAAACCAGUCGAAAAAACCUGGUGGUCUUAAGACAUCAAGUUUUCUUCGAGGUUUAUCAAAGUUAACUAAAUCUGUCAAGAAACAGGUGAAGGUUUCACGUGGGGAGGCAAUCGAAGAUGAUGAUGAUGAGGAUGAUGACGGUGUUGAAUCAGAUUUAACACCUCCCCCUGAAACCACCAGGAAGCGCACUCGUACUGAUAGUGGAGCUGAUCAUAGCUCAGGAGGAAUACCUAUAGUGAUCCCCUCCACCCAGCAUGAUGCCACUCCUAGUAUCCAGACGCCUGGUCUCCCUAGUUCAGGCCACCAGACUGCUCCUAUGGUAUCCCCAGCUGGUAUGUUUGUACCUAGACAAGUGAUUCACCCACAGGUUCAACCAUCAAGCUCAGUGGCACAACCACUUAGUCCGAGACAACAGCAGAUCCCUGGCUUGAAUGCUCAGCAAAUACCUGGCCUGAAUCAGCAACAGCAAAUUCCUG